AGCCACGUUGGCUCGAGAGCACGGAGGUGAUCGGGGCGUUCGCCCGAGCGGGCGCCUCGCGCGCCGGCCGACCCGCGCGGCAGCAGCUCCCCCGGCCGCCGAGGCGUGCGGGCCCAUGGCGUGCGCCGUUGCCGAGGAGGUGGAGGAGAUGCUCGAGCUCUGCGGGGUGUCCACCCCCUGCCUCCGGAGCUGCGCGCUGCUCGAGGAGCGAAUGGCGACGCCUGGUAAAGACGCCGAGCUGAUUGCCGACGCUCGCAGGCUCGCCCUCGGGCAGACCCUCAGGUUCCUCGUGUCCGCCAUCGCGGAGAGGUGGGCCGGGACCUCGAGUGCUGUCUGCCUCCAGAAGCUGUGGUUCGACAGCAUGCACCUGUGCGACAUCCUGGCGGCCCGCGGCCUGGACUUCGCCCACCGGGCCACAUCGCACGCGACCGCGGUGCUGAGGAUAUUGUGGAAGGCCGAGGAUGCCACGCGCACGCUGCCCAGCGGCUGUCUCUCGGCGCUGACGGAGGUGCUCUGGAGGCACGGCGUGGCCGCAGAGCCCGCGCUACCAGAGGACAUCGACAGCGCCGAGCGCAGCAUCUUGCACUGCCUGGGCUGGCAGAUCUGGCUCCCGUCGCUCCACUGGUGGCUAGCCGCGUUCUUCUCGCGGCUCAGGGUCCUGGCCAGGGAGCGGCUCGCGGCUGCGGAGGAGGCCGAGCUCGCGGCGGCGAUGCCGCAGCUUUGGCAGCACAGCUACGCCAUCGGCGCCGCCGUGGUGGCCCGCGCGGCAUCGCUCGGCCCAGCGGCCCCCCGCGCGCUGGCCGCGGGCCUGCUGGCCCUCGGCUGCGUCCGCGCGGGGCUGCUGCCGCUGCACGGCAUCCGCCCCGAGCGGCUUGGGGCGGCCGACUGGGAGCAGGUCUGCGCGCGGGCCGUGGGGUCGGCGACGGCGUGCCCGGCAGGCGCCCUCGCGGCCGAGGUCGCGCAGAUCCUCCAGCUGGCCACCGACAGCAGCCUGGGCGCGGUCGGGGAGGCGUGCUGGCUUGUCGCCCUGGCCGUGCCGGAUGCGCUCUUGCUCCGUGCCAGGCUGCAUGCCGCAGUCCAGCCAAUGAACAAUUAGCCCAUGCGUAGAAUCAGCGUCGGCCGCUCGUCGACGACGGCCUGCCAGUUGGCGCGCAGGCCGCCGGUCUUCAAUUGAGACGCCGAACGCUCCCCCAGGAGGCCCCGCGCGCCACAGGGGUUUCAAGCCGGUGCGAAACGCCGCCGGCACCUCGGCCUGGGGUCACGUCUGCAGUUUGGCAACCUCCGAAGGUCCACCAUCGCAUAAUUUUAAGCAGUCAGCUGUUAGCAUAGACCAUGACGGUGCCAUAAGUAUACAUGUUCUUUCCAGCCGCCACGGGACACGUGUCCCCGACGGUGGGGAAAUCCAUCGUGCACCAUUCUUGGUUCGCUGAACUGUGUAGCGAUCAGCCUCGGCCGCCAGUCGGCGGCCGCCUGCAAGUUGAUGCGCAAGCCGCCGAUCUUGCCCACCCGGCUCGUCACAGCGGUGCCUGCCUCGGCUUGGCUCUUUAAUUGAGAUGCCGAACGCUCCUCCACGAGGCCGUGGAGGAGCGUUCUGCCUAGGGUCAUGUCUGGCGUCUGGCAACCUCCUCUGAUCCACCGGCCCAGAAUUUUAUCAUAACCAGUUGACAGAAUACACCACAACGGUGCCGUUUGAUCGAGCUGUCGCGUCUUGCUGGUUCCCGCCUUCUCCCCUCCUUUCUUCCUUGGGUCUUGGG